AUCUGAGUUUGAUUAGGUGAUGUGAGACAACAGUAUGUCUGAGGAUCUCUAUGCCAAGCCUGAUCUCACCAAAAAAGUUAGAUUUCAGGCGGGUGAGAAGAAGGACGGAAACACAGACGUCGGUGAAAACAUUGAUAAUGUGACAAUUUACGACAACUCCUGGGCAGAAGGCAGCGCUGCGCCGAAAUCAGAGGACGACACUUCUGACCAUCAACAGCCAAGUGCUGGAGAUGUAAAGAGGAGUCCCUGCAGAGCUGCUGCAGUGAUUCUGGGUCUGCUGUGUCUUCUCCUCCUGACUGGACUCAUAGCUCUGGUUGUGAUAUACACUAAAGGCACCUCUGAGUGGAAAAUGGAGAUGGUCCUCGCACGCAUCCGUAUCAACAACUUGAAUGAAGAGAGAGUCCAGUUACAGACCAGUUACAACAACCUGACUAAAGAGAGAGACCAGUUACAGACCAGUUACAACAACCUGACUAAAGAGAGAGACCAGUUACAGACCAGUUACAACAACCUGACUGAAGAACAAGAGCAGCUUCAAAACAGAUUUGAUAACGUGGCUAAAGAGAGAGAAGAUCUUCACAGAAUGUUUCGAGAGGGAUGGAGGUAUGCCAACGGGAGCGUCUAUUAUAGGUCCUCUGUGAGGAAGUCCUGGCAGGAAAGCAGAGAUUACUGUCAACAAAGAGGUGCAGACCUGGUGAUCAUCAACAGCACAGAAGAACAGCAAUUUCUCCGCUCAUUAAACGUGCGCACCUGGAUUGGUCUGACUGAUAACAGCACCGAAGCUACCUGGAAAUGGGUAAAUGGAAUGGGAGCUGAAGCAGUGUUCUGGGCGAACACACAGCCGGACAAUAAAGGACCUGAUGGGAGAGAGGAAAAUUGUGCUGAGAUUCACACAGACUUUAAUUCUAUAAAUAACUGGAAUGAUAAUGCCUGCAGUUCCCCAUUAAACUUCAUCUGUGAGAAGAUGCUUCAAUAAACUCUCAUUAUUACUGGAUGACACUGACUCAUUCCAUAUUUGUUUUGCUUACACACAUGUAAAACAACAGUAACAUACUGCAUGUUCUCCUCCUGUGGAAGUAAUGAAGAAUCUGUUUUUAUGUGUAAAUAAACUGCUGAGCCGACAUAAUUCAUUAAUACUAUAUUCAUCAAUUAUUUGUCGUGUAAUAACAAAAAAAACAAAUCACUGAAUAAACACAUUUGUCUGAAGUGACCUGAUUAA